AUGGCUCCGGAGAAGCCCCGCCGCCAUGUGCUUCGCUCUGAGGCUCUGAGACUCACGGAAAUGGUUCAUGGCAGGAAAAUGUCACGGCCGGAUCCAUCGUCCAGACGGUCGAUGGUGGCGUGCAAUCGCUGUCGUAACCGCAAAACUAAAUGUGCUGGACAUCCACCUGAGCCGUGCGCAGCAUGCGUAGAUGUAGGUGAGCCUUGUGUUUACUCGGAGGCUGAGAAACGUGUAUCAAUUACAGAAAGCUACUACCGACAUCUACAGGCGCAAGCCCGAAUUUCCCGUGAUUUAAACAGACAGUCAGCCCCGAGCAUGCCACAAAGUGUCCCAGAAAGCGAUCAAACUUUGGAACGGGAUGACUGGUGGUAUAAAGGAACAGAUCUCUUCCUGGAAAAGUCAGGUGAACAUCACUUUGUGGGCGCAUCUUCGAGCACGCAUUUGGCAAAGCGUCUUCUCAACCCAACCUCAACGAAUUUGUGGGAUACGCAUCCACUAUACGAGCCCUCGUCCCUCCGGCGACCAAUCGAAAGUGCGUUGCCACCGUUGCCCCCGUUUGAAUUUGCCAAACGACUCUUCUGGGUGCACUAUAGCUACAUUGGCACCAUCUUUUCACUUUUAAAGCCCUCUGAAUUCGACGAAAGGCUUGACUUUGUCUACCACAAACCGCCUGAUUUCUCCCACCGGGAAUCAUGUCUGGUAUACUGUCAAACGUUGCUUGUCAUUGCCUUCGGUUUACUCUAUUCGAUCAACCAAUGGUCCGGCGACGAUGGACCACCGGGUUUCGCCUACUUCAAAAAUGCUUUGCGAUUUCUACCAGAUAUCCACGAAGACCCAUCAAUCUUACACGUCGAAGUCCUAUGUUAUAUUGCUUAUUAUCUGCAGAAUUUAAACAGAAGAGAUGCCGCGUUUCUCUAUAUUGGUCUUGCCUUACGUAUGUCUAUUUCCCUUGGGCUUCACCAAGAAAUGCCUCACGAGGAUAUCAGCGAGGCCGAUCGCAAUCGGCGAAGGCGGGCUUGGUGGUCGGUCUACAGCCUGGACAGGUUACUGUCGGUCAAGUCCGGGAACCCGAUUACCAUUCAAGACGAGGAUAUCGAUAUUACGUGGCCGACCUUGGACGGUACCUCCGAUCCAUGGCCAUCAAUCGUGCUGACACAUUACACACAACUCUCUCGUAUCCUAGGGCGGAUUGGCGAAGAGAUAUAUCGAAAAAAGCCCCGAUCCGGCUCCAGUCUUAUAAUGUCCGUGCAAAGCAUCACCAACGAUCUCUCAAGCUGGCUCCGACAGGCGCCAGAUCGUCUCCAUAUUGACUUCACUACCUUGGAUACCCACGUCGAUCGGGAGAUAGUAUCUAUUAAUUUGCACUUUUACUCCUGUAUCAAUAUGACGGCACGUCCGCUUGUAUUCUACAUCAUUCAACGCCGGAUUGAUGCCGGAUUGCUUGGAGGCACCGAGGACUGGAAGGAAGGGCUGACGCCAAACACGAUUGCGGUGAUUGACAACUGCAUCAAAGCCGCCAGAGCCACGACGUUGAUUAUGGAUGCAGCUGCGAAACAAAAUCUGAUCGCUACAUACGGCUAUCUCGAUGGUGAAUACAUCUUCUCUGCCGCCCUUUUGCUCAUCAUGGUGAAUGCUGCAUUCCCACUCAAUGAAGGCAAUGCCCGCACAAUGGAGACUGCCCUCAGUCUACUUCGCAGUAUGGCAGAUCGAGGAAAUACAUAUUUAUCCUCUCGCCACUCCUUGCUCCUGGAGUUGCGAGCAGCUCUAGAGCCUAAACCCUCUACAAGUGUCACUAAUAAUAUCGGACUAUCUGUGAAUGACUCAGAUACACCCAGGAACUCCCUCCCGAGCCCGGAUCCACAGGAAGCCAAUGCUUCCGUCCCGGCAGAGGCCUGGCUGCAUCCACAUGACCUGCCUUCACUUCAGGACAUUUCCUUUCAGUUUGAUCUUGGCGAUGAUUCUGCGCUCUGGGAAGGUGCCAUAGACAGAAUCAAUAUUGAUAUGGAUACGAAUUGGAUCGAGAAUACCCUGAGACGAUAG